AUGACAGCAACUGCAUGUUGUACAUCGAACCCCGUUAUCUAUCCAAUUCAAACCGUUUCCAAUAAAUCACAAUUUAGCGCAAUUCUACCUCGAACUUCACACUCGCCAUCCUCGUCAUCAAUUCUCACCAUAUCGGAAAUCGCCAAAGCAAUUCAAUCGAAAAGUGACAUAAAUAACAAUAAUAAUUCUGAGGACAUCGUUGAGGAAAGCUCUCAUAUCGCAAGCGAUGACGCCACAAUUGAUGAAGAAGAAUUCCUUUCAUUUGUUGGCCUACGACGAAAAACGAAAAGAUCUUCUGUGUCUUUGCCAAAACUACGGCCAUUGGCGAAACGAUUAACAGCUCCACUUUGUUUACUUCCACUGGCCAAAAAUGGCGAACGUGUCCGGCAAUCUUUAUAUAUUCUAUUACCAUUUUUGAAGUUCUUAUCAAUCACAAAUGAUAUUGAACUAUUUUGUUCAACGGAUGACAAGGCAAAAGCUCAAAGUCUGCUGCCACGUUCAUUGGCACAAUCACGAACAACCAAAACCAUAAACAAAGCAAAGGGCAAGAGAAAAGUGUCGAAAGCAGAAUUCGUCACAAUGGCUGCCACUACUUUUCGUAAUAAUACACGGCGAACGCCUAUGGCUAAAUACAUUCACUCAACUAUCCAAUGCUCUGUCAUUCUCGAUCGUUUGGAACAAUCCACUAUUGAUCAGAUAAUGCAAAACUCUACCGAUGAUACCAUUUCUUCGUCACAAGUAACACUAUCUUCACAAAGUCCUUCCAAAUCUUCGUCUUCGAGUACUCGACGUUCGCUUAGUCAAACAACGACAAAAACAACUACGACGCGAACAACUAUAACAACAAUGACCACCGAAAGAACAACGGUCAAACACAAACUGACCACGACAUCAUAUAAUGAUUGCAAACGCUUUAAACAUACACCCGAGAAUAAUAAUUCCAUCAUACUUCCUGAUAAAGAUAAAACAAGCGCUUCAACAUAUGAACGUAUUUAUUUAAAAUGUUUUGUCUGCUCAAAACGCGAAUAUAUUGAUGCUCAAGCAACGAAUAGUGACACAUUACAUUCCCAUUGGCUUGAGCAUGGAAAUGAACUAUCAUUGAAUAUCUACGAUUCGGAUCUUGAUGGAAUUCUAACUCGUGUAGUCGAAUUUUUCCAUUUUCCUAAACGACAUACAUUUGAGGGCAAAAUUCAAACUGUAUUUAUCUUAAAUUCGAAAGAAGUACGUAAAACAUCGUUAGAUCCAGUGGACGAUGAUGCAUGUAUUGUGCUAGACUAA